CUUAAAAGAUUAUGAAUAUGAGAAUAAAAAUUGAAGAGAAUGAAAAUGAUACCUUAGAAUAGGUCAUCAUAUCAUACAACAAAUAACCCACAUUUCUUGGGCAAUUAUGAGAAAAUAGAGAUUGGUUUCUGCUAGUAAUUCUUUGUUUCCACCAUAGAAAAUGAGAUUCUUGUUUUGCUUUUUAUUUGUUGUUGCUUGUUGAUUGAAACAUACCAAACUGAGAAACUAUGGAUUCGACCAUGAUGUGGAUCGUGCACCAAGCAAUGAACAAUGCGCAUGAAAAGAUGCAGAGCAAAGAAGGUGUUCUUCAGCGCUUGAAUGAGAUAUCCAGAUUCUAUGAGUUGGCUGUCAUGCAGCUGGAAGGGUGUUUGAAGUUUGUUCGGCUAGAGACCGACAGCUGCAUUCUUGAGAGCAGCCACGAGCAGGUGCUGACAGACUUGACCGAGAUUCGAAACCGCCUUCAAGGGCGCCUCAAGGAGUCUGAGAUGGCAAUCAUGGCCAAGGAUAGAGAAUUGGCUUCGCUACGUUCCAGCGCCGCGAAUCUCAAGCUUGAAAGAAGAACGAAGAGUGAGCCUGUUGAAGAAUACAUUUUUAGUAAUAGGAUGGGUGGGGAUGAUGAGAAGGAGGAUGAUGAUGAUAGAGAUAAUGAACUUUUUUGCGAGUUGAAGAAUUCAGUGGAUCAGCAGGUUUUGAAUAUCAGACAGAAGCUUCAGCCUAAUUACAGGUUCAAAGAUAAGGAAGGAAAUUCGGAAGUUGUUGAAGGGAUCAACAACAAAAGGAUAGAGCAGAUGGGUUCAGACAUGGGGAUUUUGAAGGAAACUUUGGAUCUUGCUUUUGGGAAAAUGCAGAAUGCCAUUUUCAGGUCUGAGGUUGGGCCAAUUGAGCAGCAAUGGAGAUGGGAUGUUGAGAAAGACACAAUGUCUGCUUUGCUUCAAGGGUUCAUGAAUGAUUUCCAAGAAACUGUUGAAGCACAAGUGUGGAAGGAAAAGGAGCACGUUUGUCUUGGCUUGAAGGAGUACUGGUAUGAUUUGAUGGAUGAGGUUGCGAACUUGCGCUGUGAACUAGAUUCUGUCGUCGGUGAGAAUGAGGUGGUGCAAGUGAAGAGUACUGAUCCAUUGCAAACAAGCCUUGGAGGCAAAGUUUCAAACAGAACAAAUGAAAAGCAUUCACCGGAAGAUUUUAGUCAUGGAAAGCCUGAAAAUCAGCUGUCUUUAAAGGCUGAAGAGGUUAUGCAAGAAGUUCAUGAAGAGGAAAGGGGAGAGGAUGGAGGCCACUUUGUUUCCAAGAUGAUAAAGAAUCAUGAAUCCAUCAUCCGGAAGAAAAGUGCAGAGGUAGAAGAGCUGAAUUUGCUGAAGAGAGAAAUUCUUCUACAGAAAGGGAAUUUGUCUAGCAGGAGAGAAGAGAUUGGGAUGCAAGAAAACAGCUUGAAAAGAAGGGUCCAGGAAAUUAUUUUAAAACUAGACAAAUUAAGAGAUUGGGAUGUUAAGCUUAAUGAAACUUUUGGUAAUUAUGAGUUUGAUGAGGAAGAAACUCUUUCAGAGGAGAGGUUCCUGAAAUCUGAUGCAAAUCAUAUUGACAAUUUGGAACUUGAUACUUUGGAAGAUGUAUGGGAGAAGAUGGAUAAAGUACCUUAUGCAGUAAAUGAAGAGCUACAAAAUGAAGGGAGCAGGCUGAAACAAGACCAAGAAGAAGAAAAUUUGAAAGCUGUGAUAAUGGAAAGGACCUAUGUUACUCUUCUUGAAAGUUUAAUAAAAGAGAAUCACAUUGAAUUACAUGAUUUUGAGUUAGAGAACCUGAUUUGGAAGGACAUAUGUAAUGUUCUCCUUACAGAAGUGGUCAAUCAAUGGAAGGAGAAUAUUGAAGGUAACAACAUUGAAUCUCGAACCAGAGAAGAGAUAUAUUGCACCGUCCUCCGCGAGGCAAUCAAGGAUUAUAGCUCAAAUGGUAACUUUGCAUUAGUAGAGUGUCAGGAUUUGAGGGUUGAAAAUAAUUCUUUGGAAGACUCAGCAUUCUCAGACAAGUUUUGUUACUUGGAAGGAACAAUAAGAGAGGAUGUAUGCUGGACCCUUUUGCAUGAAAUGCUCAAGGAGUGGAAUGAAUGUAUAUAUGGUUGUGAAACUGAGAGCCUUCUUAGAGAAGAGGUAGACUGGCUUAUUUGUAAUGAGACAAUCAAAGAUUUUGUAAAAACUGCCGGUGAUCCAUUGGCUCGAUAUCAAGAUUUUGUUACCAGAGAGUUUCUUCAGACCACAGAAAGUUUUGUGAGGGAGGAUAUCUGUAGGGUUUUCAUCAGAGAAACGAUCAAGGAAUGGAAGAUGGAGAGUCUCAGUAGGGAAGAAAUUUUUCAAUUUGUCAUGGUUGAGGUAUUGAGAGAUGCAUUUGACCUGUUUAGAGAAGCUGAUUCUGGGACUCAGGACAAAUUCCCAAAAGGCAUGCUCUUUGCUAACAAGUUACAGAAUGAUAGACAGGUCGGUGCAGAGGAGAAUUUGAAUGAAAAGAUAGGUAUGGAGGAAGAUCUGAUGUCAAGUGAAAGUUCUAAAGAGUUGUUAACUAAAUUGCACACUUUCAGUUCGGUGAGCAGCAAGCUAGCAAGUAAGGCUCUAGGAAGUGAGUUAGGAUCUAGUUUAGACAUCGUAGUUGGCGGUUUACAAAAGGUUUAUGAUCAAGUGAGUCCUGCAGUAGGUUCUGCACAUAGCAGUGAGCCGUCUUAUUGCCAACCAAAAGCAAACAAAGAGGUUCAAUUGAACCCAUCUGAUUCUGUGUUUACACCUUUCCUCAGAUUUCAAGAAGCGUUGGUGGACCUUGAGCACUCAACAAAAGAAAAGUUAGAAAUAAACUUCUUGAGAUUGGACAAGAUGAGGGAUGGUAUAAAUAUACUUGUUGAACAUGUUUCCACCUUGAGAAAAAAAGAAUCACUUUAUAGGAACGCUUUUACUAGGAGAUGUCAAGAUCUGUGGAAGGCUGAGACUGAGGUGGAUCUUCUGGGUGAUCAAGUGGAUGUUAUUGUAGGCCUUCUUGAGAAAAUUUACCCCAUAUUGUGUCAUCAUUCGCCGGUUCUGCAGCAGUAUUUUGAGGUCUCAGACAUCUUACAGUUGAUCAAGAAAGAACUAACUGGAGCUGUCAAUACAUCCAAAAAUUGACAUGUGCAUGAAACCAUCUUCUGCCUAUCAUUUUUUUAUUUUGUAUUGAAGAAAAAGAUAAAAUGUGCUUACAGAAAUGGAUCUAGUCUGUUAUCAAUGUUGUUUUAGCUGAGGCAAAAUAAAUGAAGUCAACCAAAACAAACAGAAACACAAGACUGCAGGAGAAGACAAGUGGGAAAGCAACAAGGAAAAAAGAAGAAAACAAAAAAGGAAAAAGCAUUCCUCAAUAGGCUGGCGAACUAUACUAUGUUUUGAGAAGCCCAGAGAGCAAACCAAAACUAAGCUGGCAAUUAGCUCUCGUCAUUGAUUUUAUCUUGAAGCUUUCGAAAGGUUUGUUUGCCGUCUAGUUCUUGUCUUUUUCUGUUUAAGUGAAGGAUAAACGGCUAUACAUUGUGCAUAUAUAAACAUGCAUUUCAAGUUCUUGAUUGUUUAUGCAUCAUCAAAAGCUCUCAUGGCCACACUGCUUCACCUAUGUUCCUGUUCUGUUCUAGUUUUGGUCCUCUUUGUUAACUUCGUGACCUCUUAUAACCACGUUAGUCUCACACCAGCGGGCGCACCU